AUGUCUCUCAAGUCCAAAAUCAAGCAGCGUUGGCAAAGUGUCAUUGCGAUGACGAGACGCAUCAUUGAUCGUUUAAGAGGGGAGCGAAAUCUUACCCGUGAAUGGGACUCUAGGUCCCCAUACCAAGUUUUCAGACAACAGCGAGGACUUGCAAUGCUCGUUGAAUCGCAAUUGGAAGGAGAUUUGGACACCAAGGUCGAAGACUAG